AAGUUUAGAUAAAUUGUAUAAAGCGGCUCACUGCUUCUUAGUUUUCAUAUCAGAUCAAAGCUUGAUUCAAGUCAGAUUUGCUGCAAAUUUUACUUUCUAAGCAAUAGAAAAGAAACAUGGCUCAGAGUGAUAACUCGAUUAAUGUUGAAUCUGUUGGUCAGCCGUCGUUGGCUGAACAUGACAGUUCUGUUUUAGAUUUGGCUUUCGCUAUGGAUUGUACUGGCAGUAUGGGUUCAUAUAUUGCGGCAGCCAAAGAUAGCAUUUGGAAUAUUUGUGAAGAAAUUGUAGCUUCAGAAAAGAGUGAUAUUAAAUUGAGUCUUGUUGAGUACAGAGACCAUCCUCCACAGGAUAAGUCGUUUGUUACUAGGACUCAUGAUUUUGUUUCAUCUAUUGGUGAAAUGAAAAAAUGGUUGUCCCAAAGCGCUGCAUCUGGAGGAGGCGAUGCUCCUGAAGCUGUAACUGAUGCAUUGCAUCAACUUCUUAAGCUAAAUUGGAGAGAAAAAUCAACUAAAAUAUGCAUUAUGAUAUCCGAUGCUCCUCCGCAUGGCUUAGGAAGUCAUGGAGAUGGUUUCCCUGGAGGUUGUCCAGAUGGAUUAGAUCCCAUCAACAUUACAAGAGAACUUGCCCAAAAAGGAAUAACUUUAUAUACAGUCGGAUGUGGGUCACUGGCUGUAAAGUGUAGAGAUUUUUUUAUGACAAUAGCUCACAUAACUGGAGGACAAUUUAUACCCUUGGCAAACGCAAGGCUUCUGGCAAAAGUAAUAAUCGGUUCAGCUCAAGAACAAAUUAGUCUGGAGAAAUUACAGGGGAAAGUAGACGACGUUGUUAAGCAGGCGACUGACAAUGGUAAAAAAGAAAUUUCUGACGAUAUCCUUGCUGGUAAGAUAGAAGAAGCCCUUGGUCAUGCUACAACUGCUCAAUGCAGGUGGGGCGGUCAGAAUUAUCAGGCUCCUAGGCAUUGUCAAGCUCUUUCGGAAGUCAGUAGUCUUGCAGCUUACAAUUCUGACUAUAAGACAACUGAUUAUGAUGAUCUUGGUGACAAACUCGCUGUGGUAGAUGAAUCUUACGCUGUUGAAAAGUUAAGUAUAAAUCAAGCGCAAUGCAAGCGUAUGGCAAAGAAAUCCAAAUUUUCUCUGUUUAAAAGUUAG